AUGAAAAGAAUAAACGAAUAUUUUUCUACUAAUACGAAUAAAAGAAGUCCCGUGCCUGCUAUUCCAAUAGCAGAAGAAGAAUCAUCACUAAUUUGUGAUACAAUUAACUCGGAGGAACCAGGUACAUCGUCCUCAAAUGUUGUUAUGUCCCGAGUUAAUGAUGUUGGUAUGUUUAUAAAAGUGGAUCGCAACUUAACUGAUAAUGAAAAACAUUUAGUUCUCACAAAUGCAUGGAUUCCGCCUGUUUCUUACUCGUUUCCUAUACUAGAGCCUAAUAAAGAACGAAAAUUAAAGUUUCAACACCACUGGUUAACUUCAUACAGCUGGUUACUGUAUUCCGAAAUAAAAUCUGGUGCAUUUUGUCGAUUUUGCGUGGUUUUUGCUAAAUGUGGUGGUGUGGGAAAUCAAAAACUAGGUUUUUUGUCCUCUGAACCAUUUAACAAUUGGAAAAAGGCUAAAGAAGUUUUUAAUAAACAUUCAUUGUUGGAAUACCAUAAAACUGGUGCUUUGAAAGCUGAUAGUUUUUUAAGUGUUUUUUCUAAAAAACAAAAAUCAAUUGUUGAUGCUUUGGAUGAUGAUAGGUCAAAACAGAUAAUUAAUAAUAGAAAAAGGCUUUUACCAAUCGUAGAAUGCAUAAUUUUAUGUGGCAAACAAGAAAUUGCUCUACGGGGACAUAGGGAUUUUGGCCCAAUUGACUUUACAUCAGCGUCAGCUAAAAAUGAAGGUAAUUUCCGAGAAAUUUUAAAAUAUAAAGUAAAAGACGACGAUUGUAUUAGAUCAUUCCUUGAAUCAGAUUCACGUAAUAAAUAUUUAAGCCCUAGGAUACAAAAUGAAAUAAUAGCUAUAUGUGGUGAUAUAUUAUUAAAAAAAAUUGUUGAAAAAAUCAAUGCAUCCAAAUGUUUCUCAGUCUUGGCUGAUGAAACAACAGACAUUUCAGUUACAGAACAACUAACAAUAUGUGUAAGAUACUUAAGUGGAACGGGGAAUGAUGUACAAAUCAAUGAAGAUUUUAUCAUGUUUGUUGAGAUUCAUAGUUUAACAGGAGUUGAUUUAGCAUCUGCAAUUCUAAAUGGUCUCAAUGUUAGUGGUAUUAACUGUGAUUUUUUGUAUGGCCAAGGGUAUGAUGGUGCUGCAAAUAUGUCCGGGCAAUUUAAAGGAGUAAAAUCUAUUAUACAAGCAAAGUAUCCUAAGGCAUUGUACGUGCACUGUGUUGCCCAUUCCUUAAACUUAGCAGUAUCCUCUGCGUGUGAUUUACAACCAAUUCGAAAUUGCCUUGGGGUCAUUGAAAAAUUGUAUUGUUUUUUUAAUACACCUAAACGCAAAAAUGCACUUUUUGAAGCUAUUAGUAAUAGUGAUUUGAUACCAAGCAUAAAAUCAUUAAAACGAUUAUGUGCAACCAGAUGGAUUCAAAGGUAUGAUGCCGUUAAUGAUUUUGUUCAGUUAUUUCCAUACGUUGUAGUUUCAUUAGAAACUAUGUCAAGUUGGAAAGAUGUAACUGCAGUUGAAGCCAAUAUGUUAAGAAAUGCAAUGGACUCAGAAUUUCUUAUAUCAGUACAAAUUAUAAAGGUACCUAAUUCAAUAUAUUAA